AUGGAGCCAUCUGAUGGAAGAUCUGGAUCUACGAUUUCAUUGAAGAAGUUAGGAAUCAUUGUGGCGAUAUUCUUCUUUACUAUGGCAACUGGGCUUAUACUUAUUUAUAGGCACCUGAACAGCAAGAGUGACGGAGGAUCUGUGUCGGGAUCUCAAAGCAGAUUUGGGAUUUCAAUGAGAAGAGAAGGGAAGAAGCCUACAUCCGGAGGAAAUGAAAGGGCAAGCCUUCUUUCGAUGGAUGUAGAGCACGUGAGAAAGCUAUUUAAUGCGAUUUUUGAGGAUAUCAGCGAUGGAAAAAAAGCAUAUAUGGAUAUUGUGAAUUUUCUAGAGAAACACGAGAAUAGCUCGGGUCUGAGCCCUAGAACAAAGAAUUUUAUUAAGAGGGCGAUAUUGUUUCUGAAAGGUAUUUCUAGCACUACAGACAAGUCUGGGGACAUUGAAAUUCUCAUGGCCUUGGUUAAUGUAAUAACCAAGCGACUACCAAAGAAUAAAUGA